GGCGAUUUCGUUGUCCUCACCCAUACCGCUCUCGCACAACACAAUAGUGUGUGUACUAUUGGGCUUCAGCUUGCGACGACCUCGGCGCAGUUUCCAAUUUUCUUGUUUCUUCCUCCUGCCGGCCGGGUUUCUCCCGCGCUGAGCAGCACCAUGGCUCUCAGCGGCUUUGGACUAGCGUUUCUGGAGAACUUGCGGGACCUGACGACGCCGGACCGGCGCUCCAUUGUGACGCUCAAGGACCUGGCGUUCGAGAACCUGGGUGAGGCCGCCGACGUCAUGCGCGCCAUACGUAUGCAUGUUAAACAGUGUCCCGCGGCGCACCGGCUGCCGGCGCUGUACCUGGUGGACUGCAUGCUGAAGGCGGAACCCUGCCCACCCUUGCUAGCCGAGCAGAUCUCUCGGGCAUUACUGGAGAUCUUCGUGUUCACUUGGGACAACGCGGAUGCCGCUACGCGACCGGCUCUGACGAAGCUAUGCAAGCUGUGGACAAGCGUGCCUCACCUGGACCAGAAAGUAGUUGAGGCUUGUAAGAAGUACAUGGCGCCGCUUGCGGGCCAGGUCGCGGUUGCCCCCGCCGGCACGCCUGCGAUGGGUGGAGUGCUGCGGCCGCCUGCGCAUGCGGCUUAUCCUGUGACGCAGUCAACGCAUCCCUCUGUUGCACCUUAUGGGCAAGCACCCGGUACUAUCGCUGGUAGCGCACGGUUUCCCGCACCGCUGAUGGGGCAGCCCGGUCAGCAGCAGGGCUCGUACAGCACAGCGGUGCCUGUCCGUCCAAUGUACCAGCAGCCUGCUGUGCCGCUGUACCCGCAAGGUGUACCUUACAGUGUGCAGCCCCAGCUGGUUUACGCGCAGCAAGUAGGGCUUCAGGCCACGGCAGCCACCGGGGUUCCCUUUGUUGUUGGCGCGUAUACACCGCCAGCCCAGCAUGUGCCUGUCAUUGCACACCAGCUUCGCCAGCCCGCCAGUCCUCAGCCUGGGCCCAGCAGUCCGUCUCAACAACAGCCAACAGUGCGGCCACGCUCCACUGAGUUCCCGGGGCCGCAGGCUCUGAAGGUAAAUAUGAUUGCGCGCUCUCUUCCGUGUAGAUCCAAAUUGUUGCUCUUGUUUGCUGUGGUUGUCGGCUACGGAAGGCUUAUGAAGCUGGAUUGUGUGUGGGGUGGGCUUGCUGCUGUGGGUGGCUUGGCUGAACGGAGGGUGCGGCUGGGGGCGAAUUCCAUCACGAACGCGCGCUCAAAUCGCUCAUCCCCAUGCCUCUCUUACAUGAAUGAAGAAUGUAAAAAUAUUCCCCAAUACCAGCAGCUCUCUAGCCACGCUGAGCUAGACCCAAGUGCAGUUCAGGAACUGUUGGACUCAUCCGCUCGCACACGACCGGCAUUCCUGGACGCGGCGUUCUUGCGAAACAAGCGGCGAGCUGCUUCGUCAGGGCAUCCGUCGCGGCAGUGGUUCCCAACGAUGGAUAUGUGGCUGCAAGGAACAACUUCAGUGCCAGCGGAAGAUGCAGCUGCACCGGGCGAGGAGGAGGCAGCGGAGGAGGCGGACAAGUUCUACUUCGUGGAGGAGGACCCGUCCCAGCCGGAGUGCGCCAUCUCCGGCGAACGCUUCGAGCGCUUUUAUGACCCCGUGCUGGACAAGUGGUGCUACAAGGACGCGGUAGAGCUGAACGGCGAGGAUGCGGAUAAGUACGGCGUGAUGGACGGCUCGCUGGUGAAGGUGAACUGCCUGGCGGGGGCGCCCUCCAAGCUACAGAAGGCUACGCUCAAGGCCGCGUCUGCGGCUGCGGCGGCCGCUAACGACCUGCGCGCGGCGUCCGCGGCGACAAUGACGACCUCAGACCUGGCUUCGACUUUGGCAGCUUCAGUCCGCUCGGUGUCUGACAGCAACGGAGGCGCACAGCCACACGCCAGCGCGCCAGUCGUGAACGGGCCAGCCGCGGGUGCACACGCGUCGCCGGCCGGUGCUACGGCCGCGCAGUCGCCACCGCAGCAGCAGUCACCGCAGCUGCCGCUGCCCGGGGUGUUGGUAAAGGAGGAGGUCUACCACACAGAGCAGCCUGUGGGGGUGGUGGGCGUCGCGGCGAAGCGGCCCGGGGACGCGCCAUCUGGAGGGGCGGUGGCGAUGCCGCCGGAAGCCAAGCGGGUCAAGCUCGAGGUGCAGUAAUAGGAUAGCUAGGGCGUCACAGUGCUGCGGACCCGGCGCAAGCACGCGUUUGCGGCGCAUUAGUAAUCAUUGUUGAACGCUGCCGGAGUGCCGGAAUGCACCGUGGCCGAACGCAUGAGGGACACAGCCCAUGCUCACAAGAGUUAGGUACUUAAUAUGUCGCGGCAAUAUCUCUCACCUGAUGAGUGUCUGUACUGCAUCUGACAGCACUGUCCAAUGAACUUAGUCCAGGCCUUCGUGGCGAUACAGUAGCACACAGGAACUGGCUUGAAGUGUAGCAAUUGCCGUAUGGUGAAGCGCACGUGCAUGUUGUCACGCCUUGGCUGUUCGGUUCGAGUUGGCAGGGCAGCAGCUGUCAUGGGGUGGUACGGUAGGCAAUUUUGCACUGAUUUGCACUGUUUGCAGCAUGGAUUGCGCAUGCAAGCAGCACGAAAGCUUCUGUGCUUGUCUGAUUCGAUGGCACUAUGGCAAGGUGGCACUGUGGCAGGGGUGCUGAACGUGUAAAUUGCUAAAGGG